AUGCCGUGGCCACACUUCACCCUCAACGAUGGCUCUUCGAUGCCCUCCAUCGCUUAUGGGCACAUUUAUUGGGUGAACCAAGAGACGAUCGAGCCCGAUGUGAUCAAGGCCAUCGAGACGGAUUUCAUUCACCUCGAUACGGCUCAGGGAUACUACGAUGAGGACCGCUUCGCGCGGGCUAUAAAGAAAUCGAACAAAUCUCGGAAAGACCUGUACAUCACUACGAAGUGGUCCAGAGCGGAUACAGACAUCAAAGACGCAUGUGAGAAUAGCUUGAGGCAAUUGGAGGUCGAUCAAGUCGAUCUGUACCUGAUCCAUAACCGUGGAUUGUGCGGGAAUGAUAUCGAAGGCCAUUGGGCAAGGAUGGAAUUAGUCAAGAAGCUUGGGUAUACAAAGUCUAUCGGGGUUUCCAACUUCAAUCUGCAUGAUCUCAAAACGCUCAUUGCCUCAUGUUCGAUUGUCCCGGCUGUCAAUCAGAUCCAACUAGACCCCCACUUUUACGCCGAGCAGAUCCCACUCAUCGAAUACUGUCGAGAGAAGGGGAUCGUAGUCGAAGCAUACUCUGCAUUGAUUCCACUACGAGAGGAUCCAGACGGACCCAUCUCCAAGACCUUGCAGCGGAUCGGAAAGGACAAGAACGCGGAGCCCGAACAGGUGCUUAUGGCUUGGUGUUUGGCCAAAGGCUGCGCGGUCGUCACGUCUUCCCAUCAGGAAUCGAGAAUGAAGAGCUAUAUCCAGGCUGGAGACGUCAAACUCUCCUCGGAGGAUAUAGAGGCCAUCGACAAAGCCGGGAAGCAAGCAGCUUUCAGGGCAAAUACGAUGAAACUCGCUCGCGCUACGUCCCGGAGAUUUAUCUCAGCUCUGGGGGUUUUCGCAGUUUGCUGGUUGUUGAGUCUGAUGAUCCGUGUAUAUCUUCUCUAG